UAGCUUAGUUUCAUUCAACAUUACCUGCAAUUUAUCAUCAGUGCAAACACGACCGUAUUGAUGGACGAAUAUCCCAAAAUUUCCGCGUAACUUAAUUUAUGAAGCAAUUAAAAUUUUUUGGCCAGUGUGUCCGUACCUGAAGUUCUAUUUUUAUACUAAUCAACCUUACACAAUUUGCUAUUGGUCAGUUUGGUCAUACGUUCGUGAUGAAUAGUGAAAACUUUAUUCCUGCUCUAGUGUUCAUUGUGCUAGUGAUAUUCGUGAAAAUGAGUGAUGUGAAACACAUUUGGGACAAGAGUAAAACUAACUUACGCCGCACAAUGCCUGUCAGGGAAGGCGCGAAGCGGCCGCUAGUCGGCGUCAUAGACGAUGGAACCAAGACUGUUAGAUUUGUGAUAUAUGAAGCGGAGCGUUCAGAUGAGCUGGUGGCAUACCAAAUGGACAAAACAGAAGUCCAACCUCAUGAGGGCUGGAUGGAGCAAGAUCCCUUAGAAAUCAUGCACCACAUCAAAUUGUGUGCAGAAAAUGCCAUCGAUCAGUUGACCGAGCUAGGUUAUAGUAAAGAUGAUAUAGUGACGUUGGGCAUCACAAAUCAGAGGGAGACGACAAUCGCGUGGGACAAAUAUACGGGAGAACCUUUACAUCCAGCUAUUGCAUGGAACGACAUCCGAACAGAUAGCACAGUGGACGCGAUUUUAGCCAAAAUUCCCGACCGUAACAAGAAUUAUUUUAAGAACAUCUGUGGUCUACCCAUUUCUCCCUACUUCUCUGCGUUGAAAAUGCGUUGGAUGAAGGAUAAUAUUAAAGCUGUGAGGCGAGCCAGUCGUGAUAAGAGACUGCUUUUUGGAACUGUCGAUACUUGGAUUAUUUGGAAUAUGACCGGUGGUCCACACGGCGGUUUGCACAUCACAGACGUCACAAACGCGUCUAGAACACUUCUGAUGAAUCUGGAAACUUUGAACUGGGACCCUAUAUUGUGCAGGUUAUUCGGCAUCCAUCGAGACACGUUGCCGACUAUUCACAGCAGCUCAGAAGUAUAUGGUACAGUGAAAGACGGAUCCUUGCUGGAUGGCAUUAGGAUAUCUGGUAUCCUAGGAAACCAGCAAUCAGCCCUAGUAGGCCACAACUGCCUACAAGCCGGACAAGCCAAGAACACCUACCGUAGCGGCUGCUUCUUACUAUACAAUACGGGAACUAGGCGGGUUCAAUCUACCCACGGGUUAAUUACUACAGUGGCUUAUAAACUAGGCCCUGAUACACCCGCUGUUUAUGCUCUUGAAGGGUCAAUCGCCGUAGCGGGAGGUGCAAUGAAGUUCCUCCGGGACAAUCUCCGUCUGAUCAAGGACGUCGUGCAGGACACUGAACACAUCGCGGGCCAGGUGUUCUCUACGGGGGACGUGUACUUCGUGCCGGCGUUCAGUGGACUGUACGCUCCUUAUUGGAGGAAGGACGCUAGAGGAAUAAUUUGCGGUCUGACUGCAUUUACAACUAAGAAUCACAUCAUCAGAGCGGCUCUAGAAGCUGUUUGCUUCCAGACAAGGGAUAUUUUAGAAGCCAUGAACAAAGACUGCGGUAUGCCCCUCGCUAAGCUACACGUGGACGGCAGAAUGACUUCCAACGAUCUGCUCAUGCAGUUGCAGGCUGAUCUCAUCGGUAUUCCCGUGUUGCGAGCGCAAGCGUGGGACAUGUCGACGCUGGGCGUGGCGGUGGUGGCGGGCGGCGCGGCCGGCGUGUGGAGCGACGCGUGGCGCACACAUGACGCACCUAAUGACACCUUCCUGCCCACCACUACUGAUGACGAUCGCGACGCCCGAUACACGAAAUGGAAGAUGGCGGUCCAACGCUCUCUCGGCUGGGCAACAACUAAAAAAUCAUUCACCAUGACAGAGGAAAGAUACAAGCUCCUAGCAUCGAUUCCGGCAACUCUUUACCUAAUAGGUAGUUUUACAAUGCUAGUCGUCUCGAACAUUUUAAGAAAAAGGUGAUAAGCGAAUAUCGACUCUAUUCGUUUUAGAAUAAGUAUUUAUUUCGCUGUUACGUAGAACAAGUCUUAUGCUUUAAGUGUACGUUCAAUUGUUUUAUAAUUCAAAAUACAUAUUAUCUUAAGUGACAGAUGAAAUUAUGGAUUGAUUUUAGAAAUGGCGCUUAAUUUUCAGUGGUGAUUAAACUCUCUUGCCACCUGUUUUAUUUAUGUUUGACUUAGGGUGAGCUUCCACCAAAAUGUAUUAGUAAAUGAAUGAGCACACAAAUGUUUCUUUUAGUCUACUUGCUUUUGCAAACAUUUUUAAACUUUCCCCGAAAUUGCAACUUUUGGGCGCGAACACAUGCUAGCAAUGGACUCGCGAAGCUCACACAUUUUUCGUUCGCGAACAUUUCGAUGGAUUCUCGCCAAUUGAGCAGCUCAAUCAUUACUCAGAAUUAAGUGAUAUUUGACUAUUAGUUACUAGAAAAUUUUGAUUUCAUCCAUUUAGGCAUUUAGUUGAAUGUAAAUAAAUUACUUCCAUCACAAAGAUUUUCGUCUACACAUACAAUUAUUGUAAAGAGCCAGUUUUUAUAUGUAAUAAUGUCAUCCAGAGCUCUUAUCAUCAAUUUUAGAUUAUGUUUGUCUUUUUUAAUUGAGAAGAUAUAUAUUAACAUUCAAUUAUGUAAAAGAACAAAUGUGAUUUUUUAUAGUUAAUUUUUUACCAAUUAUUCAGCAUUUUUGUAUCAAGAAUUUAGCAUUUUCUUUGUUACCUACCUUAUUAAUAUAGGUGUAAGUUAAUGUGCAAUAUUUAAAGGUAGCUUUUUGUGUAAAUACACUUAUUGAUAUUGUAUCACUUUAAUGGUAUAUAAUCCAAAUCCUUCCUAAAUGUUAAAGAUCAUAAGUAAAUGUGUGUUUAAAAUUCUGUCCAAUCUGAAAAGGUUUUCUCUUCAAAGAGUACUAUUUAUUGAACUAAAAAAUAUAUGAGAACACACAUUUGUACUGGAUAGAAUGUAAUAAACUGAAUUUUUCAAUGAAUUGAUUGCUCGUAUGUCGCUGAUUAUAAAACAAUAGAAAAAUUGUGUCUCGCGUAUAUUUGUGCUCCUACAUACAACGGGUUAAACCAUUUUCUGAUUAAUUGGGAUUUUCAGGAAUUUUAGAUCGAGGAAUAAUCCUUUUAACGAUUCAUAAUUUUGACUGAAACGGUCUCGAUAUUUUUUAAUCGAAUGAUAUUAAACGAAAAAUGUCUUGAAUUUUUUGAAAUAAUUUUACAUUGGUCCAAUUUUUUAUUGCAUUUAUAUUAUUGAAAUGUUUUUAAUGUAAAUUGUUAUAAUUAUUGCUCAUUUUAUUAAUUUUAUAUGGAAUUUUAUGUGGAUUAAUGAGUAAUUGAUUUAAUUGUGUAUUUACUUGGAAAUUAAAUUCUUUGCUAUUUAAUUAAAUAGUUAAUGUGACCUCAAGAAGACUAGAAGUAGUUUGUAAGUAUUGUAGUGUUAUCAGGCAUAUUUAUUGAAUUUUGAUUAAAAAAAUCAUAUAUAGACGCCAGCAGGUCAACCUACCCAAAUCUGUCAAAUUUUACCAAUCGAACCUUCCACAAUUGUGAUAAAGUUUAAAAUCUAUUGAAGAAAGACAGAUUUAGGUAGGUUGAUUAAAAUUUGCUCUUAGUACAUUUAAUGUUUUUUUAAUAUCUCAAGCAUAGUAAUUAUAAUAGCAAUCAAGUCAAUAGAUACCUAGUACCCUGCUUUACUAUUUAAUUCCCCAAAAAAUAUUGGGAAAAAAUAAAUAUGCGUUUUUUUUAUAAAAUUAUUAUUAUUUAAGCAUUCCCAGUGCAUUAUAAUUAAGAAUUAUUUCAACAAUUUUAUUUAUUGAAAUUAUUUAUUUCCAAAAAUAAAAUCUUUCUUUUUAUUAUAUGCCAAUUAGCAUUUUCUGUUUAACUUAUAACAAAAAUGGUUGUUUUUAAUAAAUAAAAUGUAAAUUAGUAUUCAAUGCGGGGCUGCCAUACCAAAAAUUAUUGCCCUUCACAAUUUUGGAAUCACAAUUUUUUGUACCUAUUUUUACUUUUAGAAAAUAAGUUUUUUUACAAUAAUUAUAAAAUUGUUUGACAUUAUGAAUGAAUGAUAUUUGACAUUUUGUAUUCAAAUAUUUUUAGUACCUGGUUAUUUAAAUAAUUUGAUGAGCCCUUUUAGUAUUCUAAUUUAUUUGAUUAUAUUUGGAAACACGGGAUAUUAGUAUGAACAAAAUGAUAAUUAGUUAUCUUCUAAUUUAUUGUACAAAAUACUUAGAUUUCCAAUUAGCUACAUAAUAAUAUUUCCUAUGUAAAUAAUCAAUAAUUACAUCCAUCUAUCAUAUUAUAUCAUACCUAUCAUACUCAUAUGUAAAAGAAAUUCAAUUAAUGUUGUAAGACUAAAAUAUCAAUUAUUAAGUCAUUUGUCAGUAACCAUUGUUUUAAGCCUAGUACUGGUAAGCACGUAAAGUUUUUAAUUAUGUAUAAACUAUGAAGAUACAGAAAAGGCUAGGCAGAUGAUGAUUACUUAGGUACUACAUUAAACUUCAAAAAUAAUCUUGGUAGAAUCACAUAUAAAAUUGUUAUUUAAGUCAUUUGCAAAACAAAACAAAAUAAAAACCAACUUGUCAUCUGCCUAGCCUUUUCCCGACAAUGUUGGGGUCGGCUUCCAGUCUAACCAGAUGCACCAGAGAACCAGUGUUUUACAUGGAGCAACUGCCUAUCUGACCUCCUCGACCCAGUUACCCGGGCAACCCAAUACUAGUGGUAUAUAAUUAGUGGUAAGACUGGUUGGUUAUUUAUUAAAAACAGCCUUGUGUUGGGCUUAAAACUUUGGUUUCUAUUUAUAAUCAUAAUAUGACAUGGUGUAAUGUAUGUGUAUCUUAAGUGUUUUGGUUCUUUGUAAUAAAAUAUUGCAUUUGUUGGGUU